AUGGAUCCUCCAUCACCCUCUUCAUCCGAUGAUUCAAUCGAUCUCGACGACGCUAUUCUUAGUACCGUUGCUUUGACGGUUACUACUAUGAUUCAAGCCGCGGAAGACGAGGAAGAUCAACUUUCGCCUAGAAGAAGAACGGUUCUGGAACGUCGACGUGAAGAGGCAUACGUGCGAUUGGUCCACCUUUACUUUGCCGAGCGACCCGUAUUUGGCGCGAGAGAUUUUAGACGGCGCUAUCGUAUGAGCAAGCGGCUAUUUUUGAGAAUUACAAAUGAUUUGAAAGAAAGGUAUCCAUAUUUUCAACAAAGAAUGGAUGCUCGUGGGAAGCUGGGUUUCAUGCCGAUACACAAGACUACCUCCGCGCUUCGUCAAUUAGCAUAUGGGUGUAGCGUCGACUUGUUUGACGAGCAUUUGGAGAUGUCGGCUAGGACUUCCCGGGAGUCGCUAAUUUAUUUUUGUAAACGUACAUUUUAUAUAUAG